UCGCAACUCUCUCUCUCUCUCAUGCAAAAGACUGGCUACGCAGUCAACCACAUCGCUCCGUGGCAGUCAACUACGUGUCCCCUUCCUUCCCUGUCUGUGUAUCUAUCUAUCAUGUGUCUGUCCUCCUCCCCUCCCUCUUUGCUAAUCCAUCCGUCAACCCGCCAUCGAUCAUACAUACAUGCAUCUUGGCCCAUCUAGCUAUCACUCGCCCCCCUCCAUACAUCGUAUGGAUAUCAUUUCUGCGUAUGAAUCAAUCACCAGUCAUCCUCAGACUCGCUGGAUGAGGAACCGGCCACAGAUGAGUUAGCGGGGCUGCCAAAGUGGGGGCUGCUGCUGUCGCGGCGAAUCACCGUCACUGCCUGAGGCGGCCUGUCCGCAUCCCCGUCCUCUCCUGCUGCUGCUGCGUCAGGGCCGCCGCUCGGUGCUUGGUCAGCAUCGCCAGCCCCACCACCCGACGCACUGCCAGAUGUACCGCCCUCGCCCUCUUGCAUCGUGCCGGGCCGCUCUCCUGCUCGUGUCUCCACAUUGGUUUGCCCAUCUCGCCCAUCCCCCGUCCCCUCAGCGCCUCGGGAAUAAGUGGUGCUGGACAGAGGCGGCGCGUAAGGUCGCUCCGACAUGGAACCCCUCUCAUCAUCAGGUGAAGUGGGCGGUUCAGGGUUUCUGUUGCGGGAGCUGCGCGCUGGAGACAUCGGCCUCGGGCUGUACGAGCCACGCAGAGAGGGUGGUGGAUACGGAAGAUUGCAAGGCUCAAUGCGAGCUGCCUGCACUCUCCGCAUGUCAAGCCGUGGGACUGGGGGACGGUAUGGCUGCCUCACGGUUGGCGCGGGUCGAGCAGUAGGGGUCAACUGUCGACGCAUCUGAGCGACUUCGCGCCUCAUGCUGGCAGGGACACGAACAGCAGUAUCAGCAUGAGAAGGUCCUGGCGCGAAUUGGGGUCGGCCAGGGAUGGGCGGUGGGGGCGUCGAAAUACGUGGACCACUUGUACUGGGAAGUGGUGCUGGUCGUGGUCGUGGAGACACGCUGCGAGAACGAUCACGCGAGGGAGAGACGAGCUGGGGAGGGGGCGGGUCGUCUGUGGUGCCUUCCCUCCGGUCUCGGGCGACCUGUCGCCGCUGAACCUGCUCUUGGCGGUACUGGCGGGCGUCCUGGACAAUUUGGUGCCGACAGUGCUCCCACCGCUGUCGGAGUGCGGCAAGACGGCGCUGAAGGGCCGGCGUGUCAAGGCCGUCGAUCUCCCUCAUGAUCUGGUGAAGCUCGCCAAGGAGCUGGACAGAUGGACAAGCAGAAAAGCCAUACACGCAUACACACAUAUGUGUGAGUGCAACGACGAUGCUGUCUACAUACUCACCUCUGGCGGCAGUGUGUAUGAUUGCUCAGACGAUGCUGUCUCCCCGCUCACCUCGGGCGGCCUGUGUUGCCUGUUCUGUGCAGGUCGGCGAAAAGUCCUGGCCGGCCCCUCAUUCGUCGACUGAGUAGUAGGAGACUCAGAUGGACGGUCACCACGAGCGAAGUGGGGGUGCUGCAUGCACGCAUCCACACAACAAUGGAGGCAGGGGACACAUCAGAAACGUCCAAGUGUCCCCCUGAGCACCCUGAGCACAUCGAGGUUAGCUACCGCCAUGAGAAACCCGUUUCGCCAGCUUUCCCACAUUGCUCCGUGGCCAGGAGGGGGCACACCACGCUGCUGCUGCUGUGGCUGCGGUGGGUGGAAGUCGGAAAGUGUCUGGUUGCAAAGCGGACAGCGAGCUGUUGCCUUCAACCAAUCAUCAAUGCAGUACACUGACGAACGAAAGGAGAAAACAAGGAGAGAGACCACAUCACAUGUGGGUACCGUGCAGCAAGGCAGGCAGUCUUCCCGUACGUGUCAUUUGCUUACCGUGAUAAUAUUUCCGACAACAGAGGAGGCGCCGUACGAUCGAUCCAAUGUGAAACCCUUGCUGACAUAUCACACACAGCUGCACACCCACACACACAGUAAGACACAUACAGACCUCCUCUUGAGCUCAUGUAUGUAUUCAUUCACCACUUACAUCAUCCUGCCCGCCCUUGCCCUUGAGUAUGGCUCCAUCAUCGUUGGCAGCGGAUGACGACGCCGAAGAUGACGGCUGGGGGCCGGCCGCAUCCUCUCGGGGACUGUACAGGGCCGUUGGGUGCUUUUCCUUGGGAUACUUUUUCUUCUCCUUGUCUUUCUCCUUCUCCUUCUCCUUGUUUUUCUUCUUGUCGUCCACCAGUCGCGUGUCCCUCUCCUCACAGAUGUCGCCCUCACCACGAUACAGCCCCAGACGCGACACACGCAGCAGACAGCUGAUGCACAAUACACACAGAGCAAGAGGGGGAAUGGUGUUUGUAUUGGUUACGACUUCCUUCCUCUGCCGCCUUUGCCUACUCGAGUGUCAUAGGUGGGGCUGGAUCGAAUGGUGCGCCCCUUCCCCUUCCUCCUGUGCGGAUGCCGACACCUGAUUCGAUCAUCGCGCCAUUCUCACGGCCACGACCCCUCUCAACACGACCAGGGAACGGCAGGCCGGUUCGUUGACCAAAGUGGGGCGGGACAGGCUGGGAGGGAACAUUGGCACGAGAUACCACGAGAGAGGGCCGUGGGGCCUGCGGUGGGGGAGGCGGCGGAUGGGUAGGGGGAGGCGGACGGUUGGGCAUGUUGGGCAUGUUCAUCUGCUGCCCAUGAUAAGUCCCCCUGCCUGCAGCUCUUCCCCUGCCCGCCCCACCCUGCCGCUGCCCCUGCACAUCCUCUAUGUCUUCCCUCAGCAUCCGGCGCAUGAGGGCCACACUCGCCCUGUCGACACCACCAAGCCUCUCCAGGUCGGCCAGCCCGGAAGCCUGCCGCUCCUGCAGAUUGGACGGCUCGUCAUCGGCACCAGAUGGUCCAGGACGCGGAUUGAGCCACCCCUCACCAUCACCAUCACCAUCGUCAAUGGGGUACGCGAAAUCGUUCGGCCCUUGGCCGAAAGAUUCGCCUCGUGCAGACAGCGGCCUCUGGGCUCUCUCAGCAUCAGAAGCCACAGAACGGGGAGUCCCCCAGUCGGGUGUGUUGGACUGCUCAGGCUCUCGCACCACCCGGAACCGGCGAGGCACCUGGGGCUCCUGGGCUCCUGAUUCGUUGCCAUCGUUGUUUCUUGCUGGCCGUGAGAGGAACGCCACCCGUGGCACAUUGUUGGCCCGGUCUGCUGAUGUGCGGGGGUCGAACAGGGCGGCGCUUUCGAGCGGUCGCGUGUUGGGGCCUUCGAUGACGGCGGCAGAUGAGCUGGCAGCAGAAGACACAGAGUAUUGCUCAGGGAGAAUGCUGCCAGAUGAGUCCUCCCCUGCUGGGCUGGCGAGAGGGUUGCGAAGGAUGGAGCGGAGGGGCCGCUCCUCCCCUCUCCCGCCGCGCCCUGCCAUUCUGUUGUUGCGGUCGUCAUCGUCUGCUGGCCGUGGCUCUGCCAGGUGCAGCCGAGCCCCUUCUGCACUGCGGCCUCUGCCUGCCGGGGGCCUGCGCUGCUGCUGCUGCUGCUGCUGCGAUGAUUGCUGUGGAGGCUUGACACGGUCAGGCGCCAGGCCAGUGCGGAGGUACCGUGAGGGGGCCGGUGUCUUAGCUGAAGGGUCGGUUCUUCGUUGCUGCGGUGGUUCAACAUCCAUAAGAGAGUGCGAGGGCGUUGCGAGGCGGUCUCGCGGCGUCAUGGGCUCAGGGCAAGGCUCUGGGCGGGAAGGGGCAGCCGACUGGGCACGGGAAGAAGGAUCUUGAGUAGGUCGUUGAGUAGAAGAGUGGCCAUCCAUCCGGUGCAGCGCCCUUAGCGCCGGGCCCCUCAUUUUUGCAAUUGCGAUACGGGAUGGAUGACAAGGGCUAACUUCGUCGUCUACAUGAGUGACAGUUCAAGACGCCCUGGCCUAAGCAGAGCAC